AUGCAAAGAGUUUUUAUAGCGUUCAUACUCUCAGUGUUGAUAAGUAUAGCUCACACGAAAUCAACAAUCAACAAAGAGCUUUUGGUGAAUAAGAAAAUAACAUUUAAUCAAAACCAAAAUGACUUAAAAACUGUUUCAGACAAAACCAAAUUUAACAAUCCUAUCAAACUGGCAACAAAUAAAGAAAAAGCAAUUUACAACAACGCCAAUACAUUAAAUAGCAAUCAACAUGAAUAUAAAACCACUGACAUUAUUAGUCAACACAUAGACAACGUGCGUAACAAAAACACACAAUUGAGUGUCAAAAUAAUAAACACGAAUAGCACCCAAGGUGCAAACUUCACGAAAUUAGGCGAAAAACUUGCUCAUUUCAAAUUAAACACAACUGUACCUAAACAAGAGAGUGUUCUAGAAAUGACAGCUCCUACAAUGAUACCAAUCUUCAGAUCAAUGCAAAAUAAUAUUAAAACUACACCACCACCUCUUCCAAAUGAAUUAAUCAGAAAAGAUAACGUUUCAAAUACAAUGGACAAUUUAAAUCCAAACUUGGUGAGACCACAAAAUAACAUAGAACAUGACAAUGAAAUUCAGUAUAUGAAUAGUUUAUCUAGAGAUUAUGGAAAAAACGAACCGGCUAAUUCUACUAAUGGCAUAGAAAUGUUAAGUUUAGAUGAAAUGCUUAAUUUUUUUAAACAGCAACAGAACGGAAUAAGUUUUCAACAAGUUCGUAAAGAAUUAAAUCUUUCAGCUGAACCAUCUAAUCAUAAAGUAGGUAUCAAAGAAGAAACGUCUUCUCCCAAUAUACUCGAAUCAAAAAACAAUUUAAAUCAAAAGUUCAAUUUUAUGAACACAAUUCCAAAUGGGCAAUCCAUAUUCAAUUCUCAAUCUGCAAUUGAAAGUUUUCACGGUAAUAUACAGCCUGGACAACACACAGAUAAAAGGCAACAUCCGUCAUUCAAAAUAGAGAAUAUCCCGGUAAACCCAAACAUUCAAAAUAAUUUGGCACCUACUGAUAAUUUGAUUACAGUUCCCAAUGAAUUCUCUACUCAUUCAAAAACUACUCAAGAAUCACAAAUCUUUGCAGGAGUACCAAAUAAUAUAAUAAUUGAAAAGAUGAGAUUUAUUCCAAUGUCUGAAAUGCGUGAUUUUGAUACCAGCAAUGCAUUACCCUAUACAGAUGUACCUAAUGGGAUACACCCUAUACCUUCAACUAAAUAUACAAAUUCGGAAACCAAAGUCUCAAAAGAGCAAAUUGUCAAUGAAAACAUUGAUAUUCCAAGAGAACGCUCUGUCGUAACCAAUACAAAGUUUAAUAUCCCUUGUCAUAAAGCAGCUGACAUUUUAGAUGAUCUGGUUCCAUAUAAUCCGGCUGUCCACCAAAAUUCACAAUCAAAACUUAUUCCUAAAUUUGAAAGUACAAAGCCUAAAUUAGGUCGCAAGUUUAUUGAAACCGAGAAGGGUACAAUAGAAGAUGAGUCACUAGCCAUAAUAUUUAAACCGAAGAAUAUCUCUUUGCUAAAAUUAUAUGGCGAUGUGCUAAAGAAAAUAACCCUUACAGUAUUGGUCCCGUAUCAUAUAUCUAAACUAACUUCUUAACUCAUAAACAUAAAAUGUGCAUCUACAAAUUGGUUAGUUAGAGCAAGCUGCAGAGAACACAAAAUAAUUUAUAGUGAUUCAGGAAUUGCGUUAACAAUUAUAUCUAUUUUCUAUUGUAAUUUAACAAAAAGGUAGGUUUCAUAAUAAGAAAGUGUGCAUAAUCAUUUUUAUUAACAAAAAGACUUAAAAGGAAUAAGCUAAAUUAACUAAAAUCUGAUUCCUUCAUUCAUUUCCUAAAUCCCAGAGAAAAAAUGCUGUUUUCUUUUUUUGCUAAUAUUUCUUGCUUGGAACCUUACUUGUACAAACCUUACUCUGAAAAAUUAAGAAAAGAAAAAUACAAAUUAGUCCAGCCAUUCAUAAUAAUUGGUGAGUUAACCCAAAAAAUCUUUCUUUAUAAAGACUUAUUCCUUUUAUCAAGCACCUACUUUUACAAGUACUAUAAUCACAAAAUAGCCUUUGAUAAUUCUAGUAUGUAAAUAUUUAUUACUUAGUUUAGUAGUGUGUUUAGAUUUAUUUUUUUUAUUAAUAAAUUAUUUAACUUUUUUUUCUCUAUUUUAUUACGUAACUGUUAACCCCAAAUUCGUAUAUGUAGUUGAAAUUGCAUAUACAAUUAUUAUAAGCUUAUUUUUACAGACUCUUGAUGCUGGCCAGCAUACUGACUGACAAAUGGAUGACUUAUUUUUAGAUUCUUAUGGUUUUUAGAAAGGCGUUGUGUUGUUGUGAUUAACCCUACAAGGCCCCCAGUGCCACAUGUGGG